CGAGACCCUGUAUCCAAAACAAAACGAGAAGGCAUCGCGGCUCUGUAACACUCCGUCCAGCUCUCGCACUCUCAGGUGCAAACUUCCACACAAACUCCUCGGCUCGCCUUGUCCCGCGUGACUAGCAUAUCAAGCCUUCCGGGACACACCGUGCGAUGAUAUAUACGUAUAUACCCUUCUUGCCCUUGAAGGCCGGAAGUCGGUCUUACAGAUAAAAGCGAAACAGGAAGUCCCGCCCUUCUGUGGAAAGUAAAUGGUAGCUCGGAAGGGUCAAAAGAGUCCGCGGUUUCGCCGCGUGAAUUGCUUUUUGCGGUUGGGGAGGUCUACGCUUCUAGAGCUCGAGCCAGCGGGGCGACCCUGCAGUGGCAGGACUCGGCACCGCGCCCUCCACCGCCGGUUGGUGGCCUGCGUGACCGUUUCCUCCCGUCGACAUCGAAAGGAAGCCGGACGUGGGCGGGCAGAGAGCUUCAUCGCAGUAGGAAUGGCAGCCCCAUCUAUGAAGGAAAGACAGGUCUGCUGGGGGGCCCGGGAUGAGUACUGGAAGUGUUUAGAUGAGAACUUAGAGGAUGCUUCUCAAUGCAAGAAGUUAAGAAGCUCUUUCGAAUCAAGUUGUCCCCAACAGUGGAUAAAAUAUUUUGAUAAAAGAAGAGACUACUUAAAAUUCAAAGAAAAAUUUGAAGCAGGACAAUUUGAGCCUUCAGAAACAACUGCAAAAUCCUAGGCUGUUCAUAAAGAUUGAAAGUAUUCUUUCUGGACAUUAAAAAAGCUCCACUGACUAUGGAACAGUAAUAGUUUGAAUCAUAGUGAACAUCAAUACUUGUUCCCUGUAUACGACACUUGAUAAUUAAGAUGAUCAAGAACCAGAAGAUCUGUGAAGAAAUGAAAUAAAAUGGUAUUUAGUAAGAAAUCUCUAUUUUAAGAAAAAAAGUAAAACCUGUUAUAAACACA